AAAAGACUACGCAUAAGUGCCCAAGUUCCAAGCCAAUUUCACAUUGGAUAAUCAUUUUCAUAAUUAAAUUAAGAAGUAUAAAUAAUUAUGAAACUCGAAAAAUUAAACAAAUCAUUGUCAAUUAGCACGUAGUUGACCCAUAUAUGACAAUCCAAGAACUCAUAUUUGACUAAAGUGGACCCCCAAAAAUACAGGACAUUCUUCUUCUUCUUAAAAUUAUUGUAAUAAAAAAAUCUAUGAAAAAAAAACUCUCACAAUUGACAGUCUCAUGCUUAGAAACCCAGAAAAUAAUUUAAUUUUUAUUGGUAAUUUUAGAAUAUAUUUUCAUUAUCCAACCUCUUAUUUACUCUUAUAUAUACCAAAGUUUGAUUUGUUAGCUAUUUUAGAGAUUUCUUUUUGCUAAAUUGUGAUUUCAUACCAUAUAUUAUACAUGUAUAAUAAAGGUGUAAUAUGAAAAGAGGCAAUUUGGUUGGUGGGUCUGUGGAUUAUAGGCCAAUUCUAGCAUUUAGGAGGCUUUAUAUACUGCAGAGGAUUAAAAUGUUUUCUGGGUCUAACAAUUUUUUGCUUUUUCUCAAUCAACAGCAGGUAUACUUUUCUCUUUUCUUUUUUCUUUUUUAUUCCUAUGAUUAUGACUUUGAUUCCUACUUUUAUUCAGUUCACUGUUUGCUUUAAUGUAGUGUUUUGUUGUUGUUUAGUACUGUAUUCAGGGGCUUUUUCCUGCUAAUUGAUAACUUAAUUAUGUGCUUUUACUGUGAUUAAUGGGUGUUAAUUGAGUUUUUGAUGUUGAAUUUUGGAUUAUAGGACUUUUUGUUGGUGAUUGAUGCUUAAUUUUGCAUUUCAUUGUGAUUAAUGGGUGUUGAUUGAGUUUUUCAGUUUGGUGGGUUUUUAUGUUCUAAUUUUAUUUUUUAUUUAUUAAUUUAUUUAUUUUUAUUUAUUAAUUUAUUUUUAUUUAAUAAUUGGGGGAGAAACUGGGUUUCUGGAGUUUGGAUUUUAUUGAUUUCUGAUUAAUUUGAAGCUUGUUUGAAUGUGCUCAAUUUUCAAGGUUUAUGAUAUAAGAUUAAGGUUUUUGGAAUUAAAAAUGUAAUGUGAAGAAUUUUUGUCCAUUUCUUGGAAAAUGUGGAAAUUUGCAGUUUUGUAAUUUUCUCCAGAUUUUUAAUUGUUUAUGAUGGUUGAAAUCUUAACAUCUUUGUAUAAGUUUGCCUUUCUGUUAUGAGGUUAGAAAAAUCUCAAUGUAGAUGGCCAAAGUUUGCAGAAACUCUGUAUGUUCUGUAUAUUUAUAGGAGAGAUAUAGUAUCAGCAUCAUUUAAGUUUUUCAUCUGACGUUUUUUAUUAUGUGUAUUCGGGGCGGUAAAGAAGUAUUUGUGUGUAAUAUGAAAGCCAAACCUUCGAGGAAGAGUCGGAGAAACGGUGGUAAAGGCGGAUUAAAGAAGAUGAUGAAGUGCAUUUUCUUAGGGAAGCAAGUUAGGGAAGAUGAAGCAGCUGAAUCAUCAGAUUCUUCCUUAGCUACCAGGGAUUAUUCAGCCAGCGGUGGUUUUUCAGGUCAAGCUGGGGAGGUUGUCCCAAAGCCGAAUAUGAGCACCAUUGAAGAAGCUGAACUAUCUCUUCGUGCAAGUGGUUACUUGAACUAUGAGGAAGCCAGAGCUUUGUUAGGAAGACUUGAGUACCAGAAGGGAAACAUAGCAGCAGCACUUCGCGUUUUUGAAGGUAUUGACAUUGAUGCAGUUAUGCCUAAUAUCAAAGUUUCAUUAGCCGGGAGAUGUGAUCUGCAAAGACGCGAUUCACAGAUUGAUGUAGUGCUGCCCAUGUCAAUGCAUGCUGUUAGUAUCCUUAUUGAAGCAAUAUUUCUCAAAGCAAAGUCAUUGCAGGCCCUUGAAAGGUUUGAAGAAGCUGCUCAAUCAUGCCAGGUGAUUGUGGAAACUAUAGAGUCUGCAAUACCAGAGGGUUUGAACGGACGGUUUUCCACCCACUGUAAAAUGCAAGAGACCUUGGAAAGUACAGUAGAGUUGCAACCUGAGUUGUGGAAACUUGCUUUGUGCCCCAAUAAAGCAAUUUCAUCAUAUCGUCAUGCAUUACUUUAUAAUUGGAAUCUUGACAUGGGAACUCAAGCAAGGCUUGAAAAAGAAUUUGCAAUUUUUCUAUUGUAUAGUGGUACUGAUGCAAGCCCCCCAACACUUCGUUUUCAAGUGGAAGGGGCAUAUGUUCCUAGUGACAAUAUAGAAGAGGCAAUUCUACUUCUUUUGCUCUUGCUGAAGAAAUUUCUUCAGAGAAGGAUUGACUGGGAUCCAUCAAUCGUGGAUCAUCUUUCCUUUGCGCUAUCUACAUCUGGAGAUUUAAGCAUCCUAGCUCGUCAAUUAGAAGAAUUACCUGCUGGUGCCAUUGACAGGAAAGAGAAUUAUAGCAGCCUUGCGCUAUGUUAUCAUGGACUAGGAGAAGAUAAGGUUAGCUUAAACCUACUGAGGAAUCUUCUUAAUGACCGCGAAAUUCACAACUGCACGCAUGAACUAUUACUUGCUUCGAAAAUCUGUGCUAAAGAUUCAAAUUUCGCUGAAGAAGGGAUCAAUUAUUCUGGAAAAGCGAUCAAGAAACUGGAAGGAGACUGUGAACAACUGUCCUGUAAAGCCACCUGCUUGUUAGGUAUUUUGUCAUCAGCACAAUCCAAAUCGGUUACUUCUGACUCUAAAAGAGCACGGAUGCAAUCUAAAGCUCUAGACCUGUUGGGAACUGCUGAAGCAAUGACGAAUGAAACAGACGCAAAUGUCAUAUAUCAUCUUGCCUUAGAAAAUGCUGAGCAGCGGAAGUUGGAUAUUGCACUCUCGUAUGCAAAAAAAUUGCUGAAACUGGAGGCUAGUUCAGGUACUGCAGGAUGGGUUCUUCUGGGUCGUAUACUCUCUGCUCAGAAGCGCUACAUUGAUGCAGAAACUAUAAUCAAUGCUGCUUUGGAACAAACUGGGAAGUGGGAACAUGCUGAAUUAUUGAGAACCAGAGCAAAACUCGAAAUUGCCCAAGGCAAAACUAAGAUUGCCAUACAGACAUAUACUCAUCUUCUUGCAGUUCUUCAAGUUCAGAAGAAAAGUAGCGGGCCUUUUGGCAUCAAGAAAAAGAUUAUAGAGAGGAAGGAGGAAGAUAAAAUCUUGGAGAUGGAGACAUGGCAUGACCUGGCCAACGUGUACACAAGCCUAUCACAAUGGCGAGAUGCUGAGGUCUGCCUCUCAAAAUCAGAGGCACUAUGUCCUCAUUCUGCUUCUAGAUGUCAUUCCAGAGGUUUACUUUACCUAGCAAAGGGACUUGAAAAAGAAGCUCAGAAGUCAUUUUGGGAUGCGCUGGACCAGGAUCCCAACCAUGUUCCUAGCUUGAUUUCCAUGGCUCAAAGUCUCGUGCAAUUCGGAGAUCAAACCCUGCCAAUUGCCAUAACCUUUAUUAGGCAAGCAAUUCGUCUUGACAGGACUAAUCAUAAAGCCUGGCACAUUCUCGGGCUGCUACAUCGAUCUGAACCUGAAGGUGCAGCAACAACUGAAGCUCUUGAAUGUUUUGAGGCUGCUGCUCUUCUUCAAGAAACUGCUCCUGUUGAACCGUUCAGUUAGGUGUUCUGUUGUACAGGUCUUAUUGUUAUAGAAAAUUUUCUGCAGGAAACUCACAGGCUCUCGGGCCAGGAAGGUUUUCUAACAUAGGGAUUCAUAAACCACAGUUGAAAGUCAAUCCAUCAUAAACCACAGUUUUGGAUAGCAAUUGCCCCAAUUAGGUUGCAAACUUGCAAGUAAUUUAGAUAUGCAUCGUAUUUUGAUUCAUAUGCAUAGCCUAGGAUAUCUAUCGACUGGCUUUAGUGCAGUGGUCAAAUAUCAUAAAUCACUUAUACCAAUCAUACCAUUACUAUUUGGUAAUGAGAUCUUGAAUUUGAAUAGAAAUUUCAGAAAAUUAUAGGAUUUUAAUCUGAUCCAUAGUAGUGUUUAAGGUUGUCCGUAAAGCAGGUUCAUCGCUUGAAAGGCUACAAUAUGCCUACAAAUCAUAUUUGCUGGAGUCUUGACAUAAAAGGCAUGUUAAUAAAGUCCCAAUGCUUUGAUGAAGUCCCAAGCAAUUUCCUAAGGCAGACUUAGGUGUAUAUAGAUCACUAGAUGAGUUUCGUCAAAAAAAAAAAAAAAAAAAAAAAAAA